AUGGCAGCGGAGGAGCGCUACCUGCAGCUGCCCUCUGACGGCUCACCUCGAAGAGCAACAUGCAAGGAGGUGAUGCGAAAGCUGGUUCCCAUCAUCGAAUGGCUGCCAUCCUACAGAUGGAAGGAGAACUUGUUAAAGGAUGUGGCAUCCGGCGUCACGCUGGGGUGCGUGUUGUUCGCCCAGUCGCUGGCUCAUGCCGCCCUGUCUAAGGUGAGCUUGAUCACCGGACCAUACAGCUGCCUCUUGCCUCCUGUGCUCUAUUCACUCUUCGGCACAUGUGUUCAGGCCUCUGUGGGAACAGGCGGCCUGGUAGCAUUGCUUACAGGCGAGCAGCUUGGCCAAGUGUCAGGAGGUGAAGAGAGGCGGACGCAUGCCAGUGCCAUUUUCACUCUGGAAGUUGGGCUUGUCAUAGGCUCUAUGGGUGUUUUUCAGCUGGCUUUCCUGGUGCGAUUUCUUUCCAAACCUGCUCUAAGUGGCUUCAUCACCGCCAGUGCCAUACUUAUCAUCCUUUCCCAAGUCAAGCCAGCGAUCGGCUUGCCGAAGACAGAUGUUGGAGGAAUCUUUGACAUCAUCUUGACGCACCCAAAGGAGAUGGAUGAUGUGAACCCUGCAACCAUUGUGUUCAGCAUCUGUAUUUGGCUGUUUCUACAUGUUGCGAAGAGACUGAAGUCCAUGGGCUCGUGGCUGAAGGUGGUCGCGGAAUUUAAGGAGGUCGUCUUGCUCGUGAUGUCGGCACUCAUUGCAAGCAGGAUUGCAGAGCCCUUCGGCAUCGCUGUCAUUGGCCAUGUUCCCGAAGGGUUCCCUGCGCUGGCAUGGCCGCUACAGACAA